AUGAGUGAAAGAAGAAAAGAGGGCUCCAGCCAGGCUGCUGAAGCCCAUGAAAAUACCCAGAGUUCAAGUUCCUGGAAAGACACCCGCCCCAAACUCCAGGGUCAGCUGAAGAAAUCUGGCAAAAAGAACAAAGCCUUCCUGAUGAUGCAGGACAAGAUGCUGAAGUUGCAGCGGGCCCUUGCGGACCAUCUCUUGCAGCAGGCGCAAUGCCUCUCACCAGAAGAUCAGCAAUGCCCACAGGCCUCCUGGAAGCGGGAAAAGAGGAUAGGCUACCUACUCUCCCAGACAGUCAACCUCAUAUGGUCUGAGGCUAUAAAGAAACUGAAGUUCAAGGAAUUUCUCCCUCACUUGGACUCUGGACGUGGCAACAAAGCUAGACAGCAGACCCUGUCAUUUAGGCCGGACGAACCCAGUCCUUGGCUGGGUGGUUUUGAAGCUGCCUUUGUCAGCCACGUUCUGUCCAGUCGUGGGACUGGCAUCUCUGAUUUUUACCACUUCAACUUCCAGAGCUCUGAGGCCUAUCAGACAGACAGAUACCACAAAGAUGAGAACCCUUCGGGCUACAUCAACCUUGGUGCCAGCGAGAACAAGCUUUGCCUCGACCUGAUAACAGAUAGGCUGAGUUGGUGUGACAUGAACCUCAUUGAUGAGACCCUGAUGCAGCACUGUGACUGGAAAGGACAGCCCCUCCUUCGGAAAGAGCUGGCUAACUUCCUGACCCGCUACUGCAAGGCGCCUGUACCCCUUGAUCCAGAAAAUGUGGUGGUUCUAAACGGCUCCUCCUCUGUCUUUUCUUCACUGGCCACGGUUCUGUGUGACCCGGGUGAUGCCUUUCUGAUCCCCACACCAUGCCACUGUGGCUUUGCUUUCAGCUCCUACCUCUAUUCAAAAGUUGAGCUUAUUCCUGUCUACUUGGAAAGCCAGGCCAUCGGGAUCAACUGGCACACUUUCCGUCUCACCGUGGAAAAGCUCGAGUUUACCCUGGCUCAGGCUAAGCUAAAGGGAAAAAAGGUUAAAGGCCUUGUGCUGAUCAACCCACAGGAUCCUCUGGGCAGUGUCUAUACGGGACUGUCACUGCAAGAUUACCUGAUCUUUGCCAAGAAGCACAACCUGCAUGUGAUCGUGGACGAGAGUUACAUGCUGUCUGUGUUUGAUGAUUCUGUCACGUUUCACAGUGUUCUGAGCAUAAAAUACUGUCCUGAUCCUAAGAAGAUCCACAUGAUCUGGGGAACUAGUAAGGAUUUUGGCAUGUCUGGCUUCUGCUUUGGUGUUCUUUAUACCCACAACAAGGAGGUGGCCUCUGCCAUGAAGGCUUUUGGCUACCUCCAUGGUGUCCCCGGCAUUGCUCAAUACAAGCUGUACCGACUGCUCCAGGACAGAGAAUGGAUCAACGAGGUGUACCUGCCUACUAACCUCAACCGACUCCAGAAGGCUUUCAGCUAUGUAACUAAGAAGCUGAAGGAAUUGAAUAUCCCCUUUUCCAACUGUGGCUCUGGCCUCUUCCUCUGGAUCAACCUGAAAGCUUACCUGAGCCCGUGCACGUUUGAACAAGAGCAGAUCCUUCUCCAACGCUUCCAGGACAACAAGCUGCUGUUAUCCAGUGGCAGAUCCUACAUGUGUAAGGAGCCUGGCUGGUUUUGCCUCCUCUUUGCAGAAAAACACCUUCAACUAAAAGUCGCCAUGGACAGGCUUUCCAAGGCGCUCAAUGAUCACAGACAAGACAUGAUAACAGAACAAAUAGAGGAUGCGAUCAAUGAUGUGGGCUUUUGGCCUCCGGGCAGUGGCUCCAGCCAGCCUGCUGUCACAUGCUCAGGGGCCCCUGAACCUAGCCUCUUACCUAGAAGACUGGGGAAGUAAUUGGUGCUUCUGUGCUGUCUGACCUCACGCAUCAAGGUCCCCCUAAGCAAAAUGUCUGCCAUUUUUAGAAGCCUUGUUUCUUUUAGUCUUUGCUAGUUAUUGUGUACACAAAAAUGAUGUUUUUAUUGUGAUGGGAGUGGGAGGGCCCUGGAGGGGUAAAGGGAAUUCCCUGGAUUCCUUUUUA